AUGACUUACAAUUCGGUCGCCAACAAUCCUGUCAUCCAAUCUCUAUUAAGCAAAGCUGAUGAGCUCACAAAUGUUCAAUUUGAUGCAAACUCAUCAGUCACUGUUCUCGGACAAGAACAAAGUACAUCUUUCGGUGGAUUUGACACCAAUUAUACAACUUCAGCCAAUUCUUUCAAUCAGAGCGGUGUAAAGAUCGAAGAAGUUGAUGAUGCAACUGCUAAUCAAAUUAUUCAAUCUUUAUCAUCACCAUCCCUUACUUCUCAGUACGGAUCUGUUGAUGUAGGUGCCAGCAACAACGCUACUGUUGUUGAGGAAGUCAGCAGCGCCUUGACAUCCACGACUAACUACAAUAGCAAUCUUUAUCAAGAUCCUAAUGGACCUCAAAUCAUUCGACGACCAGCAGCUCAAGGUCCAUUGACAUAUCGGCAGAACAUUUCCGUACGCUUCCUUCAACCGCCACCGGCUCCAUCACCAGGCCCAUUGAUCAUCAAAGAAGUUCGUCCACCCCAGCCACCUCCACCACCUCCCCUUGUCAUCCGUCAACACGCUCCUCCACGUCCCCAACCUCCUCCAUUGGUUCUUCGUGAACGACCACCACAAGUCCCAACUCCCAUUCCCACUCAAACAGUGAUCCGAAAAUUACCGCCUACACCUCCCCCGCCCCGAUCGAUCAUUGUUGAACGAUAUCCAGCAGUUCCAGCACGCCCCCGCGAUAUUGUUAUCGAACGCUGGCUACCUUAUUCAAAAGAAACUCAAAAACGCAAGGUGAUCACCUAUCGAGCUCCUCCACCACCAUCCUACCCUCAACCUCGUAAUACAAUCAUUGUCUAUGAACCCGUUCAAGUUAAUGUUUUACGCCAGAUUCAUCGGCUUGGUGUUCAGCCACAAAAUCCCCAAGAAUACAUCGCUCAGUACGGCUACAACCUACUCGAUUCAGCAUCAUUACUAGCACAAACACAGCAGAUCGGUAUCAAUGAUAACCUUAGCCCAUCAAUAGAUAGCGCUAAUCAAGUAUACCAAACAGAUGCAAGUAAUGAUUAUUAUGUGAGUAGUACACAGACCGUCUGGGAACCUGAAUACGACUAUAAUACGACUACAAUAGAAACGCAAAGAGCAACUAAUAGCGAACAACCUGAAGUUUACUGGACCGAUCCUCAAGAAGACAUUCGUGCAAUUCUUCAACGUCUCGGCAUCCCCUUGGAGUAA